AUGUGGGAUGCUAGAGGUGCUAUGACCUUCUUUAGCCAAGUGGAUGUUGAGCGGCAUUUGAUUGGAUUUGUUCUGUUUUUGGGUUUGACUAUGGCGAAUUUGUUGCGAGUGCCUCAGGUAGCGGAUCUCCUCGGCUUUUUUGCCAGGUCCACACCUAUUAGUGCAGUUACAAAUGUUUCCCGUAAUUUCAUUUCGGGGAUCAUGACAACGAAUCUUAUUGAUUUGAAGCAAAUGCCAUCUCAGGAAAUGGAAAUUGCAGCAGCAGCUGGUCAUGAAAUGGGGGGCGUCGUAUAUUGGCCUUUUUAUGUGUUCCUAGGAGGCUCUAUGUUCUGCCUUUUCUCGAGCAGCAUUUGUCACCUCUUUUCAUGUCACUCUCACCCCUUGAACCUCCUGCUGCUGCGCAUCGAUUAUGCCGGCAUCACCAUGAUGAUCAUCACCUCAUUUUUCCCUCCAAUUUACUACAUCUUCCAAUGUGACCCGCGCUGGCAAUUCAUCUACCUUGGUGGCAUCACAAUCAUGGGCGUUUUCACCAUCAUAACACUGCUCUCUCCCAAGCUUUCGAGUGGCAAAUUUCGCACGUUUCGAGCCUUGCUGUUUGCAUCCAUGGGGUUGUUUGGGAUUGUGCCUGCAGUCCAUGCCAGCAUUGUGAACUGGGGGAACCCGCGGCGCAACGUCACUCUGGUUUAUGAGGCUGCCAUGGCAUUUUUCUAUUUGACAGGGACUGGAUUUUAUAUCACUCGGAUUCCAGAGAGAUGGAGGCCCGGAUGGUUUGACAUAGCAGGGCACAGCCAUCAGAUUUUUCAUGUUUUGGUGGUGUUGGGUGCCUUGGCGCAUUAUGCUGCCAUUCUUGUAAUGCUAGACUGGCGAAACACCUUUGGCUGUGACAAUAACAACACUACGUGA